AUGGCUGCCCCGCCAGCAUGCGAUGUGCUGGUCGUCGGGAGCGGCAACGCGGGCUUCUCUGCAGCACUCUCAGCAAGCCAAUUCGGAGCAAAAAAAGUCGUCUUGAUAGACAAGUGCCCCGAGGAUUGGGCAGGCGGUAAUUCGUUCUUUACAGCAGGUGCGUAUCGCGUUGCGCAUGAUGGGCUGAAAGAUGUCCUCCCACUAGUGAGCAACGUGUCCGAGGAGCAAGCUGCCAAGAUUCAGCUCGCCCCAUAUACCGAAGAUGAUUUUCUCAGCGAUAUCCGUCGUGUUUGCGAGGAUAAGUCCGACCUAACACUCUCUUACGCGCUUGUAUCCGAGUCGAACGCGGCAGUCAAGUGGCUUGCUGCUAACGGCAUUCGCUUUGCCCUCUCGUUCAACCGACAGGCGUAUGAGGUCGAUGGAAAGAUCAAUUUUUGGGGUGGUCUAUGUCUGAAAACGCUUGAAGGCGGUAAAAGCCUGAUUGAAGACCACAGGGACGCGGCGCGCAAGCAGGGAAUAGAAGUCUACUUCUCAACGGAGCUCCUUUCUCUACGUCAUGCGGUGGAUGGGGAGCAUAUCACGGCGGGUGUCAGGAAUAACGAGAAAGAGACGAGCAUAACGGCUGGAGCUGUGAUACUAGCGGCUGGAGGCUUUGAAGCCAACUCGGCGAUGCGCAGCCGCUUUCUUGGCCCAGGCUGGGACAAGGCUGCCGUUCGCGGCACACCGUACAAUACCGGUGAAAGCCUUGAGCUCGCGCAGGAUUCGCUCGGUGCACAACCUGUAGGUGAUUGGGCCGGUUGCCACUCCGUUGCCUGGGAUGCCACGCACGCCGACCCGAACAAGGGUGAUCGUCUGGCCUCGAACGAGUAUACCAAGUCCGGCUAUCCACUUGGCUUGAUGCUCAACAUUCACGGCCGGCGCUUCGUCGACGAAGGGGAGGAUCUGCGCAACUACACUUACGCCAAGUUUGGCCGAGCCAUCCUCGAGCAGUCUGCUCACACAGCCUUUCAGGUCUGGGACGCGCAGACGAGCGGGUGGCUGCGCGCCGAGGAAUACCGCGGAGAGCGUGCCGAGCGACUCGAAGCCGAUACGCUCGAGGGACUCGCGGAGCUUUGUGCGCCGCGCGGCCUCGUUGACGAGGAUGCCUUUUGCAAGACCAUCCGCGCGUACAACGACGCCGUGCACGCACGGCCCGCCGACGCCGCGGCCGCGUGGAACCCGGCGGUCAAGGACGGCCUGUCGACGGGGACGCGGCUCGAGCUGCCCAAGUCCAACUGGGCGCUCGCGGUGGACACGCCGCCGUUUCUGGCCGUCAAGGUGACGUGCGGCAUCACGUUUACCUUUGGCGGCCUGCGCGUGGACCCUGCUACGGCACAGCUCAUCGGCGCGGACGGGGAGCGGAUCCCCGGCGUCUACUGCGUGGGUGAGAUGCUAGGCGGGCUCUUUCACGGCAACUAUCCGGGGGGCAGCGGCCUGACUUCUGGGACGGUUUUUGGGAGGAGGGCCGGCAGGGCGGCGGCCGCGCAUGUCGGCGGACGGGCUGCCAGUGUAGUGUCGCGGGCGGCACGGUGA